AUGUUGAUGCAGGCGGUCACGCUUCUUUUUUUCACCGUCGCUAUAGUAAUCGGUGGACGCUGCCGGCGAUCAGAGCCUAUUUUCAAAUUGUUAACGUCACGAGUUAAUGGCUACGGGAAGGGGUCCACUCAAUUACCGAAAGGCUCAAAUAAACGGAACUUGUCAGCGGUUGCACUUUUAUUUUCGCCUUCAUUGCCGAGAAAGCAAAAGCAAUCCCUUGUGCAUCUACAAAUGCGCUCAUACGUGUUCCACCAAUUACGCAAUCUGAAGCCAAGUAAUGUCGCUAUUUCCAGCUCUCUACACCAUCGAGGAGCUCGCGCGUUCGCGUCAGCACUAGCCGACAAGCUUCUUGUAGGCGAGCGUAUUACUAAUGUUAUGGAGCUUGCCAAUGAGCGAGCUGUUCGCAUCACAUUCGAAGACGGUGCCACUGCCAAAUUCCACAAGCUUUGGUUGCGUGACCACUGCCGCUGUGAGCACUGUAUGCACCCAGAGACGCAGCAGCGCCAGCUGGACACAGCGUCAAUCCCAAUUAACAUGCCACUACGACGGCUUCGAUUGAUUGAAGCCGGUAGUGCCGUGGCAAUUGACUGGAAUUCCCUCGUGUGCGGUUCUCCAUGCACCGUUAGUAAGUUUGACGCGCAGUGGCUGCGAGACCACGCGUACUCGCUGGAAGGGGGUAACGCAGAGGAUGAGACAGCAGCACCUUACUCGAAAUCAUAUCGAUUACCACGCCUGACAACCAAGGAGCUGUGGGCCGGAACGAAUUUCAAGCUGCCCACACACGAAUAUGAUGACUGUGUUUGUAAUAUUGAGCCACUCAUGAGUGACGUGUACAAGUACGGUUUAGUAUGUGUAUCAGGCACGCCAAGCACGAUGGAAGCUACUGAGCAAUUUUCAAAGAAGAUUGGCUUCGCAUUGCGCACAAUCUACGGCACCAUGUGGACGACAAACCCGAUUGACGAUGCCGAAGAUUACAACGAUACUGCGGCUACGAACCUUGAGUUACUGCACCACACCGAUGGCACUUACAUGAGCGAUCCGCCUGGACUGCAAAUCUUUAAUUGUGCAUCCCAGGCUGGUGAUGGUGGUGAAAGUCGUUAUAUCGACUCGUUUCACGUGGUGGAAACGCUUAGGAAGGAGAACUACGAGGCAUUUUGUGUUUUGAGCAAGACAUUACUUCCGUAUUUUACGGUGGACAAAGAUGCGCACUUGGCUACCAUGGAGCCGCUUAUUAGAUUAGACUACGCGGGUAAUAUCGUUCAGUUUCGUCACAAUGAUUACGAUCGUGCCCCGCUGACGCACUUGACCUUUGAGCAAGUAGAAGAAUUUUAUCAGUCCCAUCGCAAGCUGCUUGAAAUAUUGCGUCGACCAGAGAUGGAGUUUUGCCUGAAAUUGAAGGUGGGCGAUAUGAUGAUCGUGGACAAUCAGCGUGUGAUGCAUGGUCGUCAUGCCUUUGAGGGCGGAGAUCGCGCGCUUAUUGGGUGCUACAUUGGACGUACGGAAUAUGAAAGCCGUUUGCGUGUGCUAGGCAUUAUUUGA